CUCUGUUCAUUUGCUUCUUUUGUAGUUGGAGCCAAAAACACGACAACAAAUGAACAAAAUGCAUGCAUUCACUUCGGCAAAAGGCUUCGGAAUGGAGCGGCAUUGAUACUGCCGAUGCCUUUGCCAUCGACGAUACUAAUCUCUUCCAUAAAUUGGGUCUUCAAACUUUCAUCAACCUUUCACCAAUUUUUACACCAGGUGUCUUCUAUUCUUUCUCAAAUGGGUCUUUUUUGGAAUUCAAUAUCUUGUUCUUUUUUAUUGAUUGCCUUGGAAAUCAGGGUUUACAAUGACGAAGAAGAGUGGUUUCGAUCAAUAUUUGCUAAUUCCAAGAAAGAAGAAGCCAUUCAGAAUCUAUAUGAAUUCUUUGUGGAACGAAUGGGAGGACCUACCCUUUAUUCCGAGAGGAAAGGUGACCCUGCGUUGAUUGGGCGUCAUAGGCCAUUUCCAGUCACGCACCAAGCUGCAGAGAGAUGGCUGCAUCAUAUGGAGAAGGCAUUAGAGAGCACCCCAUACAUCGAUGCCGAUUCAAAACUCAAAAUGAUGAAAUUUUUUAGGCACACUGCAUUCUUUCUUGUGGCUGGUGAUGAGUUGAAGAAUCAAAACCAACGAGUUCCAUGAGAGCAUGGUGCCAGCAAACCAGCUGCAUCAUAAAUUUACUAACGGGAAUCCUUACGCAACCAUGGAAGUCGGCUUUCAUUAACCAUGUAUCGUUGUAACUUGUAACAUACACCGUCGUUUUAUAUGAAUCCUGAACCUUUUACAUUAAUACUGAUUGUAUUGUACUGGUUGUCCA